UGCGCACACAAGGGUUAAUGAGUCAGCUGUCAGCUGUGAAAAUCUGUUUUCUAUUUAAAUAAAUUGCUGAAAAUUAAAUUCUUAACACGGUUUGUCUAUAUUUAACAAUUUUUUUAUGCAUUUUUGUGGAUCUCUAACAACAAUAACACAUGGAGAAGCGACAAUUACGAAACAGCACGUCCAAAUCGGACGAAUGGAUAAAAUGCCAGUCAAAACAACGGCCAGGACAAUAUUAUAUGUUCAACAAGGCAACGGGCGAGACCAAAUGGUGCAGUGAAUUCAAAGAUGGCAUACCAUUAUCAACAAAAACUGGUGACACAGCGAAAUCAGCAGCGGCGCCAAACAGUAUAAUCACAAAAUCCAUGCGCACACCAGCACAGGAUCGCCUAAAGCGUUUGCAACAUGAUUUAAAAAAGGAGCAUAAGGAAAAAUCAACACAAAAGCAAAACAACAAUACACGCCGACAACGUAGUCAAGAACAAGUGGUGGCGACUAGCAAAGAAAAUGCGACUAAGGAAAGAAAUGUCCAAAAAAAUAAAAAUGCAAGAACAAAACCAACAGCAGUUAUUACCGCAUUGGAUUCCAAGCGCGAUUGUCAACCAUCCACAAGCAAAAACGCGUUGUUACUUAGCGUUGAAACGGAAAAGCGUACAACAAACAAAUCGCCACAAAAAAAUGCUGCCGCAAAUAAAUCAAAACAAAAGUCACCACAAAGUCAAACCAAAAAGCGUACAUCCACUGAUGCAGGCGAGGAACCAAUAAAACGGCCAAAACGAGCAGAUCAAGAGCUACCACUCAAAGAGAAAGACGCACCAAACACGGAUGAACGAAAAGAUGAGGUGAAUAGUAAUCAGCAAACAGCUGCUGCCAGUGGUAUUGGUAGUGGCAUUGUAAACAAAAUAAAAGCGAUAUGCAAGAGCACCUUCAACAGUUAUUGUAAUGCCAAAAAGGCUUUAAGCCAAAAACAAUUGAGACCAUGUAUUAAGAGUACAAGCUUUAAAAUACCAAAAAAACCAAAUGGCAAUUUAGCGCUACAAAUUAGGGAACCUGAAAAACGCAACAUCACAAAUGAAAGUGGCAGUGAGAGUGAUACGAGUACGUCCAACAAUAGCAAUGACAUAUCCAACGCAUCCAUGACGAUUGUAAUGAAGGGCACUGCAACGCCAACAAAUGGUGAUGCAACGGUUGAUUUCAAAGCAAUUGCCUUAACUACAAUGCCGUCACAAAUAUUGGGUACGCCUCAUAAUCGUGCGUUGCCUACAUAUCCGCAUGGCAGUGCUAAUACACGCUUAGAACGUUUGCGCAAUUCACUUAAUCAACAAGCGUUUGCGAAUGGUCAAGACUUGUCUACGCCAACGCAUUUAUGCGCCUCGGCGUGUUCCUCUGCGUUAGCGUGUGUGCUGCGCGACACGGCGAUGACGGACGUUAAUCCGGCUACAGAUAUUGAUGAACCGAUGGACUGGAUGCCAAUUGACGACAUGAAAACCGAAACAAUAGAUUUAUCCAGCAGCGAGUCCGGUAGUCAACCAGCCGAAACCAUGGGCGAAUACUAUGGCACCGUUAAUGAGAAUCUACUACGUUACGCAGUAGAACAGCAGAACGGCGCAACGACUGCAAUUUGCAAAUGGCUGAAUGAUUACUAUUAUUUUGUUUUGGAUACAAAUGUGCUGCUGCGACAUUUAGCAUUCCUUGAGGAGCUGUGCCAUAUGAAACUAUGCGAUACUGGCGGCACCAUACUCUAUAUACCGUAUAGUGUAUUACAAGAGCUAGAUAAAUUAAAACAAUUCGCGGUGGGCGAUGGCACCAAAGUGCUGGCGGUGCGCGCUAUCAAAUACCUUAAUUCCAAGUUCGAGGCAAAGAAUAAACAUGUGCAAGCACAAAGCGCACUUAGCGAACUGGAACAUCUUGUCGAAAUCACCUCGCCAGACGAUCGCAUAAUCAACUGUUGUUUGCAAGUUAAACAACACAUUGAUCAUGUUAUCUUAUUAACUGAGGAUAUAAACUUGCGCAAUAAGGCGAUUUGUAAUAAUAUUUUAGUGUCUACAAAAUCGGAUCUGGUUGCCAAGCAUACAUAGCGACACUGGCUACAAAUUUAAAAUGAUUACAAUUGCAUUUUGAAAUAUUGUAAAUGAAAAUCUACUAAAUUUUGCGGUUUUGCCCGUUAAAUGUGCCAAACGUAUGCUACACUGCCAUUAUUAGUCGGUAUAAGUUUCAUAUAAAUUCGAUUUGUGUAACGUAGCACGUAAACUGUUAUACUCAAACCCACUAAUCAUCACUUUACUUUGUUGAUAAUGCUUGAACAAUUUGUGAUAUGAAGAAAAACAAAAAACAUAACAUUAAAUUAAAUAAUUAUUAGUUUAGCACUAAAUUUAGUUUGUAAAUUUGUUACAAAUGUUUGCGGAAGUAUAUUUGAAAUAUGUAUGUAUAUAUGAUUAUAUUUUUUGUACACGUAUGGAAUAUACAUAUACGUUAUAAUUCCAUUUUUCAAUAAAUCUGAAGAAUUUCCAUUGUAA